GAAAUGAGUGUAAAAUGUUCAAGAAGUUAGUGCAGAUUUAAAUGUCUAAAGACUAAACACUUUAAAAUGAAAUUUAAAUAAAAAAAUUGUGAAAAAAUGACACAACAGAAAGGAGUUAGAUUAUAAAAUAUGGCAUUGGUUCACAGCUUUGAAAUGAUGUGCCAGCGAAACACAUUUGUUCAUCCAGCAUGGUGUGUAGAUUAUCCUGCACAAUUUUAUAUAUUUACAAUGGAUGACGAAGCACUAAAAGGAUUACAGCCAUUGGCAAGUCGCCAACAACAAACAAGGGCUUUACAGUACUUUGAGCAGUUGAAGGCAUCGGUAGAUGGAUGGAAGCUUGCAGCACAGGGUCUCACAAGUGGGUCCUAUGAGGGAAAUGAUCAUGUCAAGUUUUUCUGUCUGCAAGUGAUUGAGUAUUACCUUAGAGCAAGGUAUGCUGAAGCUAGUCGUGAGGAACAUGCAUUAGUAAAAAGUCUGAUCGGUUCACUUCUUCAGCUGCAGGCACAACAGCAAGAUAAGAAUUUCCUGAGGAACAAAGUAUCACAAAUUAUCUCCCUUGCAUUUGUUGUUGACUUUCCCGCAAGAUGGGUGGGGUUCUUCUCGGAUCUUCUACAGAGUUUAAGCAUUGGUCACCUGGCUGUAGAUAUGUAUCUGAGAAUUUUACUCCAGAUUGAUUCUGAGGUUGUCGACAGAGAGAUCGUCCAUACUCCACAGGAGACAGACAGGAACACAAAUAUCAAGGAUGCUAUGAGAGAUCAUUGUGUUUUACAGUUGGCCGAGUCAUGGCUUCAAAUUAUGAAUGAGUACAACAGCUCUCAGCCAGAGAUCGUGUGUAUGUGUCUGGACGUGGUUGGUAAAUAUAUCUCGUGGAUAGACAUCAGUCUUAUAGCCAAUGAUAAAUUUGUACCUGUCAUCAUUCGCUUUAUGUCGAUGCCUCUAUUGAGAGAGAGCGCGUGUGACUGUAUACAUGAAGUCAUUAGUAAAGGAAUGGAUCCCGUCGCCAAAACAAAACUAGUGGAAUCAUUUACAGACGUGCUAGAGAAUAUAGGAGUACUAAACCUCUCUGAGGAUGAAGAUGGGGACUUUCUGGCAAAGAUGGCCAAGUUGAUUAACUGUAUGGGUGUACAGCUGAUUUCUUCAUGGCAAAAGCUGUUAAAGGUGGAUGCGCAGAAGGCGUCUGAAACCCUGGCAGCUGUUGAGAACAAGGUCAGUCUGUUGUUUCGUUUCCUUGGAGACGAGGAUGAUGACGUGUCAGGGGCGGUUGCUACGUUCACAACUGAUUAUAUCUCUCUGCUUAAACAAAUGGACCCAGUCACUCCAAAACAAAGAGAAAAUAUAGAGACUCUGCUAUACAUCCUGAUUAAGAAGAUGAAAUUUGAUGAAUCCUACAAUUUUGAACAUGAGGGUGAGGAUGAAGCAAUGUUUAUGGAAUACAGGAAACAAUUGAAGACAAUUUUCACCAACCUCGCAUCAUUGGACUCGCAGUUAGUGUUGAUUACUGUACAUAACAUAGUAACACAUACCCUAUCACAGUGGGAGAAUAUGGAGUUGAAGGACAUUGAAGUGGCUAUAACACUCCUCUAUACUUUAGCUGAAGCCAUGCCAAGUUCUCAAGGCCAACACUUCACAGGAGAUGCUGUCAAAGUCUCAGCGUUACAAGAAAUGAUGAGAUUGCUGAUAACCAGUCGUGUUAGCUUUCAAGGUCACAUGAUUGUCAUGCUUCAUUUCUUCGAGUCGGUUGUCAGAUACGAGAAGUUCUUCCAGUGUGAACCCCAACAUAUACCAGAUGUUUUGAUGGCAUUUAUGGAUGAACGAGGUUUUCAUCACAGAUCUGCUCAGGUCAGGAGCAGAGCGUCUUAUCUUUUCUCAAGAUUUGUCAAGGGCCUCAAAGGACAAAUCAACAAUUAUAUAGAUGACAUAUUUAAGAGGAUUGGUGACCUACUUGUGCUAAAUACACCUGACAACGGGUACCAGCACCUGCUUAGCAACGAGGAUCAGCUGUUUGUGUACGAGACUGCAGGAAGUCUUAUAGUGUCAAGUAACUUCCCACCAGAGAAAAAGUCAACACUGAUGAAACAGGUCCUAGCACCAAUAGCUGCCAAGUUUUCUUUGCUGAUGGAAAAAAUGAUUGCAGAAAAAGACGAGAACAGGCAACUAGCAUACGCACAGAGUAUUAACAAUGCUAUGGCUCUUGCCAGUCGUGCCAGUAAAGGGUUUUCUGGUCAACAGACCAUGCAGAAUUGCAGUUGUGAAGGUGUUUUCGUAGAGUUGUUGCGGAUCUUCAUACAAUCUGUCACCGUUCCGGUUCACCGUCAACUGAUUCUUGUCGGUGUACGGCAGUAUAUGCACCGGAUGGUUGUGUGUCUUGAGAAGGAGAUUCUACCUUUCGUUCCUAUUGUACUAGAAAAUCUCCUUAAACAGCCAGACGCGAGGGAACUGCAUGAUUUCAUUCCUUUAAUGAAUCAGAUGAUUAUGAAAUUCAAGAGUGCAAUAUCACCAUUCCUACAAGAGGUGUUCAUGCUAGUGGUCAGUACAAUAUUCCAGGUGCUUGCCCAGCCCACAGACAACCUUGACCAGGUUGCUCUAGCAGAUAAACGCUCUCUACAGAAAAGCUACUAUCUAUUUAUCUCUACUAUAGUCAGCCAUGAUGUUCUUGAUGUGCUCAAAAACCAGGAAGUAAACAAUCUACACCAGGUAUUGAUAACCAUUGUUCAAGGUGCCACAGAUUUUCCUGAUCCUUCUAGUCAGAAGACAUGUUUCAAUAUAUUGAAAAGGCUUGUAGCAUCUUGGGGUGGCAAGGAUGGUUUACAGGGUUUUCCAGACUUUAUUUACAAGAGCAUUAUUCCAGCUUGUUUUAUGGCCCCAAUGAAACCAGAGUUUGAUCUUAAAGAUGCACAAACCUCAUUGGCUCUUGGUGAGGCAGCAUUAUGUCUAAAGUGUGUUUUAGAACAGAGGGGAGAUGAGCUGACUAACUUUCUACAGGGGGACUAUCUGCCUACACACAGAUUGUCACCUGACCAAGCACAAGAAUUCUGUGAUGCUCUUAAAUCAGACAGUAAACUGUUUAGGAAUUAUUUCAAGUCAUUUUUCACGAAGGCGAAGUCAUGACCCCGGUGAUGCACCUACGUUCCCAGUAGGUGAACUACAAUAAAAAAAUACACCUGUACAGUGAUAAACUUUGAACCAAUGAGAUAGCCUAGAAAUAUAUAUAAAUAUUUAAUGAAUUUUAUAAUGAGAGAAUGACUGCAAGCUGUGAGACAGUCAACAGAAAUGAAAUGUUUAAUUGUAUGAGUUUUGCUAAAAAUUUAUUACUGUUCAAAUGUGUGAAAAGGCUUGUUUGGCAUAGUUGUUUAUAAAAAGAUAGAAAAUUUAAAGAGUGAAUGCUUUUUCGUGUAAGAAGUAAAUGUUGAAAAGAUAUAACAUUUAAGAGUGAAUGUUUUUCGUGUAAGAAGUAAAUGUUGAAAAGAUAUAACAUUUAAGAGUGAAUGUUUUUCGUGUAAGAAGUAAAUGUUAAUUUAUAAAGCUUCGUGUUCUGAUAGUAUUUGAAAUGGCUGUAAAACGGGUACUACUUUUUGACAAAGUGAUUACAAAGGAUAUAUACACAUUAGCAUUUGCACUAUGGGCUUAGUAACUUAUUCUUCACGUCGGGCAUUUAUGUUUUAUGCAUGGGGAGAACCAGAUGUUGUAUGGAUGUUAAGGUUAUUCAUUUAUAAUGAAGUUUAUGAUAAAACACCAUAACUUUUGUAUAUGCAAAAAGGAACAAAAGAUUAACAAGAUUUUUGAGAUAUUUACAUAUAUACAUGUAAGUAUUUAAUAAAAGUUUUUUGGUGCAGUCUGACCAGGCUCUAUAUUGUUGUUAGCUCAACAUUUGCUAUUUUUAUAUUUUUGAAUGGACUGUUUCAAAUUCAAAGCUGGGAAAGUCCAUUAUACAAAUUUAGGAGGUUAAGGGCUGAAAUCGUGAGCCUUUGCAUCUAGUGCUAGAAAAUCUUAAAAUUUCCUGUUAUCAACAUGAUUAGAUUAGAUUAGAUUAGACAUUGUAAUGUUAGGGGAGCAAUUUUUUGACCUUGUGUAUAUUGUAAAAUAUACAUACUAAAAAAAUUAAUACACUAAAUGUUUCAUUUGAUUUUCACAAAUUGAUUAACUCCAUUGAAAUUAUUCCCAAUUAUAUAUGAUGAUGAGUAAAUCAUAGUAUGUUAAGCUUUAUGUAAGCAUUUAUUUAUAUGUUGUUGAUUUCUUUUACAUCUUGAUAGAUACAUGCAUGAAUGAAUUAUUUUGUAAAAAAAAGGAAUUUUGAAAGAUGAUUGUAAUAAUUUAGGGUAACUCACCUCUAGUAGAAAGAAUAAAUUUCCAAAUAAAUCUGAAAUGGGAAAAAAUUAUUUCAGAAAUAUAUUGAUUAUUCAAAAUUCAUUUCCACUGCUAAAAAAAGGAUUAUUGUACACACAGUAUUUGUAGGGUGUUUCAAUUUGUAGAAAAUUAAGUGCCAGUGUUACUGGCUUAAAUUACUUGAUUUAUAUACCGGACAAUAUUUAUUUUCUGUUUAGAACACUUCAAAUUGUCCUAAAUUUAUAAGUGCAAAAUAUUAAUCUUUAAUUAAUGUUAAAAUAGAAUAUUAACACUGCCAUAUGAUGAUAUAGUGCUUUUGCAGAGAUUCUUCCAGUAUUUUCGUAACAUACAAAGUUUUUAAGACGUGAAGUCAUUACUUAACCCUUAGCCUGGCGGCAAACUGAUCUUAGCUAUGCCAAGAUCAGCUGGAACAUCCAUGCUGUCUUAUCAUGGUCUGCACUGUUUGCUAUUCAGUCUGUACAUAAUUUUAAAUUUUCUUUAAAAUAAAAGUUAUAAAAUGGUUUUGUCCAGAUUGAAUAACUGACCAGUCCAUUUAUCUAUUCGUGAUAUUCAGAGUUAAGGUUUCGUGAUGAAAGCUCGUAGUGUAUUUUAUAUUUAGUAUUGUUUUAUAAUAGUUCUGUGCCAACUUGAUGAAGUUAAGUGCUAAAGAUUGUAUACUCUCUAAUGAACGCACCUCCAAUUAUAAACUGAGGCAUUUAUUCGACAAUAUAUGUAAAGUAAAAAGGUGUAUUGAACAUAUUUAAAUUCAAACAAUGACUUGUUUGUCAUUUUCUUACUUCAGAAAAUUCUCAUUUUUAAGUGUGAUAUGUCCCAUAUCUCACAACAGCAAACUUUAUAUAUUUCGUGUUUUCUAAUCUUUUUUUACUUAACAAGAACAGUUUGUGUAUGAGUACAGGUAUGUACGAUAACUUUAACAAAGUGUAAAAUAACCCCAAUGUAUAUAUUGUAAAAUAUAGACCUUACAGAUGUAUCAUAUUUGUAAAUAUGUAAUUUAACUUUUUAUGAACUUUCAAUUUUAUUUCUUCUUUUAAUUUUUUUUUUGUUAAGACUUGACUUGUUCAUUGCAUUUCAAAAUAAAUUCUGUUUUCAGACAUGUGUAAUGUCUAAAGGCACCUUUGUCCGAAACACUUUAUAAAGGUCAGAAAGAAAUUUUAUAAACAUACAACAUUUAUGCACAACAUAUGUGUGUAUAUAAUACAAAUAUUGAUCAUUUUGGUGGCUUUUUGUUUGGCUGGAAAAAAUUUAUUUUCAUUUUUUCAUCCAAUUUGUUAACAUGAUUUACUUCCCUUUGUUUAAAAGGUAUAAAAAAUAUUUUCAUACAAUUUAAAAAAUAGUAAAAUUUUUGUCUCCACAAUCUUUUGUUUGAAUCUUGAAAGAGUUGUUACAUAAAACGUUCCUGUAAUUUUAUAUACAUGAAUAUUGUACUUUAAACAGGAUAAAAUAUUCUGGAACAAAAUAUUAUGCUGCUGUUUUAACAUUUUAUAAAUGAUUUUUUGCAUGUGCCAUUUGCGUUUAAGGAAACAUACAACAUAUUUUCUUCAUACAGAUAUAUUGGAAUUUUUAUUUUUCAAAAUUUAAACAACAAUUUUGUAUACUUUGAUUAAAAUAAGUCUUUUGUUUAUUUGACAGAUAAAAAUUACCUGAUAUGAAAGAUUUGAUAAUGAAAUAUGUUGUUGUUUUUUUCCAAAUGAACAAAAUAAACAAAAUGAAUCGUAACAUUUGAUGUUAUUAAUUUUACAGCUAUGGAUUUUGUAUAUACAUGUAAGCUGCUUUUUUUAUGAAGAAUGAAAUGCCUUUACUUGUAUUUGUUCUCAACAGCUGCCAGUGAGCUAAAUUAUUUGUUAAACAGCGAUUUCUUUUGAUUUUAUAUGCAACAAAUUCAUCUGUUUUAAAAUCUAUAUCUUUUACUAAAUCUAUAAUUUGUUGGGUUUUUUUAAUGAACUAGGGGAGAAAAAAAGGAAAAUGGAGUCCUUUGGAUUGCGAGAAUUGUUAAGAAAAGAAUGAAGAAAAAAUUUUUUGUUACCUUUCACUGAUGGCUUUCUGUUGAAGUGAUGUACUUUAAUUUAGAUGGGGAAUAAUUCAAUGAUUAUUAUUGCUGUAAAUUUUACUUUGGACAUUCCUGUACUUCUGAAGCUAAAUUACAAGUUUGUGAACAGUCUGCAAGUGGUGUUGGUAUAAAAACGCUCGAGAUUACUUAAUACAUGUAGUUAAGGUAAAGUGUGUAUAUAUUUGCUAGGUUAUGUGGACAGGCUGAAGUUUAUUGUAAUCACUUUUAUUCUGAUUCUUUGAAUGAACCUGGUAUUAAAUUGAGGAAACAUGGUGGUGACCCUAGUAGGUCUCGGAUCAGUGACCCUAAAGUUGAGAGGCAGGCAAGGAAGUUAAAAUACCACCUCUACUCUCUUUGUUACAGGUUUUGCAUUAUAAAUAAAAGAAUGAAAUUUUUUUUUUGAAAUAUGGAAUUUAUAUUUGAAUUUGGUCAGAGGGUAAUUGUGGUCAAAUGUAGUUAUUAUUCUGUAAUUCUUAGCAAUAUUUGAAUUGUUUUAAACAAGUGCAAUUAAAUGUUUGUCAUAUGUAGUGUUGUAAUAGGUUUUCAUGAAACUUCACAAAUGUUAUAAAGAAAAAGAUAUAUAAUGAAAAUAUUUAUAUAAUAUUAAAAAUAUUGAAUAAUAUUAAAACUUGACACCCCAACUGUUUUAAACAUCUUUUAUCUUGUUAUAUAUUUUCAUUAUACAAUGUUUAUCUUCAUAUGUCUGCUAACUUUAUCCUGACUCAUUUGUUUAGUUAACAUUUUAACAUGUUUUGAAAUUAAAACUGUUCAUCUUUAAUUUAAAGGAUUUCAGUAUUAAAGUACCAGAAUUUAAAGAAGCUAUUAAAAUUGUAGAGUUUUGUCGAAAAAGCACUGGUGAACAGACUGGCCUGGCUUCGUGCUGGUGGUAAAAGGCAGUUACUGUCACUGCUAGUGCACAAAGGUAAAAAAAAACAGUCUUAUUAACUCCACCAGCUUGUUAUCCCCCGCCGAAAAUUUUCGGCGGAGGAUAUAGAAAUAGUCUCCGUCCGUCCGUCCGUCCGUCCUUCCGUCCGACAUUUUUGUCCGGAGCAUAUCUCUAAAAGUAUUUGAGUUAUCAACUUGAAACUUCAUAGGUGGAUAAACCUCAUUGAGGAGGAGUGCAGUGCACAAGAAUGAUAACUCUACCUUGCAUGAUUUUUGAGUUAUUGCCCUUUGUUAUUUUUCAAAAUUGAUUUUUGUCCAGAGCAUAACUCCAAAAGCCUAUGAGAUAUUAACAUGAAACUUCAUAGGUGCAUAGAUCUCACUCAGGAGGUGUGCAGUGCACAAGAAUGAUAACUCUACACAAUAAUAACUCUACCUUUCAUAAUUUUUGAGUUAUUGGCCUUUGUUAUUUUUCAUACCUAAUUUUUCACCUGAGUGGAGCAUAACUCAAAAAGUGUUUGAGAUAUCAACAUGAAAUGUCAUAGGUGGAUAGAUCUUAUUGAGGAGGAAUGUUGUGCGCAAGAAUGAUAACUCUUCCCUAUACAAUUUUUGAGUUAUUGCCCUUUGUUUUUUUUCAUGCUAUUUUGUCCAGAGCUAAUCUCAAAAAGUAUUUGAGGUAUCAACUUGAAACUUCAAAGGUGGAUGGAUCUCAUUGAGGAGGAGUGCAGUGCUUAAGAAUGAUAACUCUACCCUGCAUUAUUUUUGAGUUAUUGCCCUUGUUAUUUUUCAAAAUUAAUUUUUGUCCAGAGCAUAACUCAAAAAGCCUUUGAGAUAUCAAAAUGAAACUUCAUAAGUGCAUAGAUCUCACUCAGGAGAUGUGCACUGCACAAGAAUGAUAACUCUACCUUUUAUAAUUUUUGAGUUAUUGCCCUUUGUUAUUUUUCAUACUUAAUUUUUCAAUUCAAUUUUUUUCUCACAAAGUAUUUGAGGUAUCAACUUGAAACUUCAUAGGUGGAUAGAUUUUACUGAGGAGGGAUGCAGCACACAAGAAUGAUAACCUACCCUGCAUUAUUUUUCAGUUAUUGCCCUUUGUUAUUUUCAGCCAUCAGUAUUCACAUAGGUUUCAAAUCUGUAAUCACUAUAGCCAUCAGUUUUCAUUACCAAAAGACCUCUUUAAAUGGAAUUAUUCUGCUCUACUACAUAUACAUUCUUCCAAUGAGCAAACAGUCAUUCGGCGGGGGAUGGCCAUGUUGACAUGGCUCUUGUUUCUUCUGAAAACAGUUGAGCAAACUUAUCUAUUAAGAUUUUUUUUUUCAAAACACUUGUCUUGUUUAAUAUUGAAUGGCCAUAAAAGAAUUCAAUUCAAUUUGUAGGUUAUGUGCACUGCUGGAAAACUACAACAUCUUGUAUAAUUAACUGUAUAGGGCAGUACAGAUACUAUCAAGGGAAAAUAUGCUAUUUUAUAACAAAAUUAAAAUACUUUACCAUGAAUUUUGAUCUUUAUUUAAAGGAACAGUAUACUAUCAUUCUACAAAUUGUUGAUACAUUGUAAGUUUGUGUGAAGUGUAUGCAUGUUGGAUAUUAACAAAGCUAUGCUUCGGUAUUUAAAAGCUUGUUUGUUUUUGACCACUGCCAGGACAUAGUACUAUUUGUAUUUCCUAUGUUCUUUGUUUCAGUGAGUCACAGACUUGAUUUAAGCUUUAUAUUAUUUUUGCAUAACCUGAUUUGAAGUAUAAAUAAAAUGAUUGUUUAAGAAAAACAAGUAAGAAAUAAAACAGAAAAAGCUC